GCGUGCAGCAACCGGCGAUCAGUGCACCUCAAUGAGGCCGCCUACCCCACUCUCCACAACAGCACUGCAUCCCUCCACUUCCCCUACUGUUGUGAUCCCAUGAUGAAGCCAUUGCCUAUCGGAUGCCAGCUCAAACCUCAUCAUCUACUCCUCACCAACGACGUUUCCCACUCUCCUAUAAAUCACCAGACCCACCCGAUCUUUCUGCACCGUGAGCAGUCAUGAAGCCCCUCUACUCCAUCUUAGCUCUUCUCCUCGUCCUCUUCGCCUCUUCCUGCCUCCAAGCCACCGUGGCAGGCUCAGCGUUCUGCGCGUCCAAGUGCAAGGUGAGGUGCUCCAAGGCGAGCGUUCAGGACCGGUGCCUCAAGUACUGCGGGCUGUGCUGCGAGCAGUGCCGGUGCGUGCCAUCGGGAACGUACGGACACAAAGAUGAGUGCCCCUGUUACAGGGACAAGUACACAGGCAGUGGGAAGAGGAGGCGACCCAAGUGUCCUUGAUCGAACACCUUUGCGGCAUCUCCGUGUCUUUCGAUACUUCUCUGCCUCUCCUCCUGCCAAAGGUAUUUUGGCUAUAGUGGAUGGAUUAUGAUGAGAUAUACGUAUAUACAGAUAUGUUGUGUGUGUGUUUAUAUAUACAUAAAAAAGAGAGUGAUAUGUUGUCGAUAUAUUUCAUACAAAUAAAUAUUAAAAAAAACUUUCCACAAGUAUAAAAUGAAACAAAAGUUUGGAACAUCGCAAUGUAUAUAUUUCUUCAGGAAAAGCUUGAAUCAAAUCUCAGUCAAAUGGUGGAAGAAGGUCCUCAGAAAGCUGCAAAAGUUUGAACUUGGGAAGAUCCACAGAUGAAAAAUUCCAAUCAAGAGGCAGGCAUUUCCAGAUGGGUCGAAACAGAUGAAAUCUUCUUUUCACAGAACAGAAUUCAUAGGUUAUAGUACAGAAAGAUCAACUGGUGGAGAAAGCGUAGUCCAACUUACAGAAUUGUGCUCUCUCACAACAUAAACAGACACUGAAUUAUUUCAAGGACCAAAAAAUUUGACGUUAUCAUCUCGUAUCUUGUGUUUCAGCAACAGGCCGCAGAGAAAAUGGUUUCAUUUGCGAAAACGAUCAGGGGGGGCAUCGUCUACAACAAUUUUUCGGCAAUCUGGAUAGCUUUUCGGGCUGCUCCUUUACGUAUCUGAUCUCCACAGACAAAUAUGUCCAAAUUUGAUCAAUACAUGGUAUUCUAUUUUUGUGAAGCUCGAAGAUAAUAAUAGUAGCAGCAAUCACUCGGAUUUUUUGACAAAAUGGAGCGUAUUACCCGAGGUUGCCAUCUUGAGAUAGGUCC